CCAGCUCCUUGUUGUUUGAAGAAACCCUCCACUUCAAUUGGUAUUUUUUCACGAAAAGCAAACAUGAGAUAACAAAUCCAGUCUUUCACUAAGAUUUCGAAUAGCUGUCCCGAAUUCAAGUUGAUUUUGUUUCGCCUCCUACUCGAAGAAAGACGAUCAAACAAUUCUCAAUCACGAUCCUUUGCGGAACGGAUCAUCCAUAUAAUAUACAAAAGGAAACUCCAGAUAUUUGAUAUCUUUCUCUUUGAAUGAGAUCUCAAUUUCAGCGAUGGUUUCAUUAGAUAUCUUUCAACUAGAAUCCCUAUUUUUUUCAAUCCAGUUCCUCCACCUCUGCGACCCCUAGUUAGAUUCAGGCAUGAUACACUUUUUAGUUAUUGGGAGAACCCAAGUACUCUCUUCCGAAUCCAAGUAACGCUGGUAUAGUAGUAGGUAAACUUGAAGGCGAAAGAGAGAUAACUUUAGGCUUUGUUAAUUUACUACGUGAUGAUUUUAUUGAAAAAGAUUGAAGCCGUGGUAUUUAUUGCACUCAAGAUUGGGUUUCUCUCCCAGGUGUUCUGCUUGUAGCUUUGGGUGGUAUUCACGUUUGGCAUAUGCCUACUUUGAUCGAGAUCUUUGGAGAUGAUUCUGUACUACAAUUCGGUGGAGGAACCUUAGGACACCCUUGGGGAAAUGCACCGGGUGCUGUAACGAAUCGAGUAGCUCUAGAAGCAUGUGUACAAGCUCGUAAAUCAAAGUGUUUAUAGUAUGGAAUGAGUCAAUCAUCCCCUUUGGUCUCUUAUUGAACAAUAAUGGUGAUUUUGGUCCUCCAUCAAGCAAUAAUUUCUUUUGAGAAGUAUUAUGAUCAUCCAAUAAGCAAGGUUUCAAUUUUUUCAAAUGAACGAUUUGAAGACCUAUUGAUUCUAACAACUGAUUGUAGGAUUGAUCAUUCAGACCUUUCAAUUCAUAGAUGUGGAUCUCAGACCUAUGAAUGGGGAUAUUCUCGAAACUCACAAAGAAAAAAGGAAGUGAGUUAGACAAAAAGAGAAGUAACUUGGACAGAAGUGACUUAGAUAAGUCUUUUUUGUCAAUAACCUCAAACCAAUCAAUCGAAUACUAAUAAAUACGUAAUCGAUUGAACACUACUUGAAAAUAGCUUUUCUGCUCAAAAACAAAAUGUUCAAAAUGCUCUUGGAAAUUCUUACUCUCAUUGGACCAUUUGUAUCUAUAUGCAUUAGGAUCCUGAUUCAUGGAUCUCUCGGUUCUAGAGAUAAAAAUAAGAGGAUUGAACCAUUUCUUCUGACUCUUUUUCAAAUUCGAUAAAUGUUGGUUGAUCGUAUAUUUCAUUAUAGUUCUAUGGUUCAGAGUCUCAUUUCCUAUUUGAUCCCUUUGAAUUCCAUUCUUGAAAUUGCGAUUGGAUCUAUUCAAGAAUCGAUUCAAUACAUUUCUUAUGUACCCAUAAUAGGUAUCUCAGACCUAUGAGUGGGGAUAUUCCCGCAACUCACAAAGAAAAAAGGAAGCGAGUUAGACAAAAAGAGAAGUAACUUGGACAGAAGUGAAUUAGACAAGUCUUUUUUGUCGAUAACUUCAGACCAAUCAAUCAAAUAUUGAUUA